GAGGUAUAAAAAUCGGUUUUGAAAGGGAGCGAGAGCAUUUCGUUUUAUCAGAAGAAGCCAUCUCUGGUUUUCUUCAUUUUCUUUGCGAUUAUCUUUCCGUUUCUUUCACUUUCACGGGAACCAAACAGGGGAUGAAAAGAAGUAAAAUAUGAGGAGAAUUCAUUAGUGAAAUGUCGAAGUUUUUCUGGUGUUAGAAGUUCUGUCUGACUACCUGUUUCUAUGUUUUUCUCGGAAUCCGAACGGAGGAUUUUCGAAGGGAAAUUGAUGAGAGUUUGAUACUGAAGGUUGACGGUUUUUCCUUGUUAGAAGAUCUGGAGCUAUUGAAGAAUGGUAUUUUUAGAAAGAGUGUGUGUUUAGAGCAGAUAAAAUUACUAGUGAUUCAGUUCGAGAAAUUCGAGUUUUUGAGAUACACAUUUUGAGGGAUUUGAGUGGAGUUUGUACGAAACUGAAGUUUCUCUCUUCAUUGAUUAGAUCCAAAUCUGACAACAAAACUGAAGAUUGGAGCUUUGAAAAUGCAAUCAUUUCGUCGAAAAUCUGUAAUAGAUUUGCAUAGAAGUUCGUGAGGCUCUCUGCUAGCAAAUCGGUCUACUCUGUUCUUUGGUCCGUUCUUCAUUGAACGGAGCUUCGAUUCUUCUUAGCUUUGUUCUGCGUGCUCUACUGUGUUGUUUAAUAAUCGCCUUUUGAAGAAUUUUUCGGCAACGUGGAAAUUUUCUGGUGUACAAAAAGGGUGAAGGAUAUGGAAAAGGAGGGAGUGAAAAAUAACAAUAAUAAUAGCAGCAGCAUCAACAACAACAAUAACAACCAUAGAGAAAGAAGCGGAGGUGCAGAUGAUGGGUCGUUGUUGAGAGCGAGCUCUGAGCCUAGAUCAACCGCUUCAGACUUUGUGUUGCAGUGGGGGAACCGCAAGCGACUCCGUUGUAUGAAGAUCCAAGUCAAGGACGACUCGGCCCCGGUUCACAAGACCACGGUCCGAGUCGACCGCCGAGUGGUUAGAGCUGAUAAGGACUCUCUGAAUCAACCCACCACCACCGCUGCAGCCACCAGUAACGGGUAUUUUAAUCUCCGCCACCGCCCAUCUUCGCCUCAGCCACCUCCGCCUCCGCCUCCACAACGCGUUCUCAGGAACUCAGAAAAUUCAAGUGCCAUGAAAGGGCAAAGCAACGGCGUACGUGGGUUCUCUUCUCCGGCAAGAGACCAGGACAGGAGAGGUAAUCAUCACAACGCUAACAACCACCACCAUAACAAUGAUAAUAAGUCGGCCUCGUCGGAGACGGCCCACGACAGCAAGAAGGGAGGAGGAGGGUCUUCGUCGGCUGGCAGCGAGGCUGUGCCGCCCGUCUGGCCUCCUAAGUUUGUUAUUGCCCUCACCAACAAAGAGAAGGAAGAAGAUUUCAUGGCCAUUAAGGGCUCCAAACUCCCCCAGAGACCCAAGAAACGGGCCAAGUUUAUUCAACGCACUCUCAAUCUAGUAAGCCCCGGUGCGUGGCUAUGCGAUCUGACUCUAGAGCGAUAUGAGGUCAGGGAGAAGAAGAUUUCCAAGAAGAAACCGAGGGGCUUGAAGGCAAUGGGUAACAUGGAAUCCGACUCGGAAUAGACGGGGAAUCUAGAAUAAUAAUAGGGUUGGGCAAGGAAGAUGAUGGCGGGAUAUUUUGUGAGAGGUCUGGUUUUUUCUUUUUCUUUUUCCUUUUCCUUUUGGGAACAACUUUGUAAAUGAUGAUGGCUUUUCACCCUGUGAGAAGAAUGAAGACAUAAGAUUUAUAUCCGUA